UUUGUACAUGACGUCAUGAGAGAUUUCAAAUUCAACAUGGCGUCAAGCGAUCCUGGCGAUGACUCUCUUUACCCUAUUGCAGUUUUGAUAGACGAACUGAGGAAUGAAGAUGUUCAGCUUCGUCUAAAUAGCAUAAAGAAGCUGUCCACCAUUGCCUUGGCAUUAGGGGUGGAACGUACACGAACUGAACUUAUCCCUUUUUUAACAGAUACAAUAUAUGAUGAAGAUGAAGUAUUACUGGCACUUGCUGAGCAGCUGGGAAACUUUACGCCACUGGUUGGAGGGCCUGACUAUGUACACUGCCUCCUGCCACCUUUGGAAAGCCUGGCCACUGUCGAAGAAACUGUGGUGCGUGACAAAGCAGUAGAUUCACUGCGUAAUAUCUGCGCCCAGCAUAGCCAGUCUGAUUUAGAGAACCACUUUGUACCCCUGGUUAAACGCCUGUCGGGAGGUGACUGGUUCACUUCCAGAACAUCAGCCUGUGGGCUUUUUGCAUGUUGCUAUCCACGUGUCUCCAACAAUGUGAAGGCUGAGCUGAGACAGCACUUCCGCAAUCUUUGUGGGGACGACACUCCCAUGGUACGUCGUGCAGCUGCAGGAAAACUCGGGGAGUUUGCCAAGGUCGUGGAACCAGAGUACCUCAAGUCAGAUUUGAUACCACUUUUUACUGUCCUGGCACAGGAUGAGCAGGAUUCUGUGCGUCUUCUGGCAGUGGAGGCAUGUGUGAGUAUUGCCUCGCUUCUGCCUUCAGAAGAUACAGAGCAACUUGUUAUGCCAACUCUCAGACAGGCAGCUGAGGACAAGUCUUGGAGAGUGAGAUAUAUGGUAGCUGACAAGUUCACAGAGCUUCAAAAAGCUGUAGGGCCCGAGAUCACAAAGAAUGACCUUGUACCAGCUUUCCAAAGUCUGCUGAAAGAUUGUGAAGCUGAGGUACGCGCAGCGUCUGCUAACAAAGUAAAAGACUUCUGCCAGAAUCUAUCUCCAGACGUGCGUGAAAGCAUCAUCAUGACUAAUAUCUUACCUUGCGUCAAGGAUCUGGUAGGAGAUGCAAACCAGCAUGUCAAGUCAGCAUUAGCUUCCGUUAUUAUGGGCCUUUCUCCCAUCCUUGGGAAAGACAACACAAUUGAGCAUCUGCUGCCCUUGUUCUUGAGUCAGCUGAAAGAUGAAUGUCCUGAAGUGCGACUCAACAUUAUCUCCAAUUUAGACUGUGUCAAUGAGGUGAUUGGCAUCAAGCAACUGUCACAGUCUCUACUUCCUGCCAUUGUUGAGCUAGCAGAGGAUACUAAAUGGCGUGUUCGACUGGCAAUUAUUGAAUACAUGCCCCUGCUGGCUGGCCAGCUGGGUGUGGAGUUCUUUGAUGAAAAGCUCAACUCUUUGUGCAUGACAUGGCUGGUUGACCAUGUUUAUGCUAUACGAGAGGCAGCUACACAAAAUCUGAAGAAAUUAGUGGAGAAGUUUGGUUUGGAGUGGGCUCAGCAGACUGUGAUUCCCAAAGUGAUUCAUAUGUCUCGUGAUCCAAACUACUUACAUCGUAUGACCUGCCUGUUUAGUAUAAAUCUGCUGGCAGAGACUGUGGGGCCGGAGAUGACUGUUAAGCUUCUCUUACCCACAGUAAUCAGCAUGGGGCAGGAUCCCGUAGCUAAUGUUCGCUUCAACGUAGCCAAGACUCUUCAGAAAAUAGCCCCACUUCUUGACCAGUCAACUGUUCAAAGUGUGGCAAAACCUUUGUUAGAGAAACUGAAAGGAGACUCCGAUAUUGAUGUACAGUUCUUUGCAGCUGAAGCUUUAGAAGUUGCAGAUUAAAGACUGUUUAGCAGCCACCCUCAUUUAGCAAUUUCAGGGAGUGGUGGAAAAUGAGGUGACAUUACUCUCGACAUCAUAUCUUCUACCUGACGCAAGGAGGUCUUGGCUGUCCUAACUUGCCUACCUUGAACCCGUCUACAUUCAACCAAGUGUGUAUGUCACAACAGAGUGCAUGCCCCUUUAUCAUCAGAAGACUUUUAUUAGAGAAAGGUACAACCAUACCUGUUCCAAAAACCAAACAUGCUCCAUCAGAAAUGCUGAAUGCCAGAUGUUAUUUUUAUUGGGGUCUUUUUUUUUUGUGGAAGAAAGGAGAAAACCCCAGGUUAAGUUCUGUCAAUGGUUAGGGUGGGUGAAGUGGCUUGAUAAGAUGUACAACCAAUAUUUAUUUUAAAUGCUUUUUCAUGUAAUGAAUCAUUAACUUCCAGCACAAGUAGACAUGCCCACUCAUAGAAACCACUCAUGUGACCUAAGCACACACACACAUCUGCAGAGUUGCAUGCAUUCAUAUUAAAGAAGAAUUAUAUUGGUCAGUACAAGUUAGCUUAUAUUUUAGGGUAAACUACUUAAUUAAUUGCAUCAUGAAAGUAAGAUUAGAAGGGUAUUUUUUUAUUAUUAUUAGUUGCCCUUUAUUCUGUGCAGAUAAUGUGGGAUUUGGGCUUCUGUUAGCAGUUUAAGACUGAGCAGUUGUUGCAUGACAUGAUAGGUGGACAUUACUGUUCAAAUUCCAUGUACCUCAUGGAAGUGUAAGUGAUGGGGGAAUAGAGCAAUAUGUUUCUGUCAAAUGUAGAAUUGAAUUAGAAACUAGAUAUCCCAUAGACGUUUGAGCAUAUAAAUCGAUAAUUGCUCAAGAGAUUGACCACUGUGUGUUGACAAGUAUAUCUUGUGAAAUAUAAGACAGUUCAUGCUAUAUUCUUGAUAAUUUUGUAUUUAAAAUGGAUGACAUUUAUUCAUAGAAAAAAAUAAAGAAAGCAGUCUAUGUUGAUCUACAGCGUUAAAAAAAAUGCACUAACAAUAAUGGAUGUCAGAAAUCAGUAUUAAUAUGCGCUUAAUAAAUGGUCAUAGUCAGUAGAUAAUGAGCAUAGCCUUUUCAUAAACACACUUGGUGUCUUAAAAAAACUGAACCUUUAUCAGAUGUGCUAAAAAAAAUAUUCCCUGCAAAUAUCUUGUCAUUUCACCCAAAAGUUUUAAAUCCUUUUCAGUGAUCAUCACAAUUUUGCAGUAGUUAAGAAGAAAAGAAAAAAGCAAUCAUAUUUGUUCACCUCUCCAUAACUUAUUUCACACAUGAAGUAACCAGGUACUGCAAGAAUUGCUAUAUUCAUUAGUCUUUGUGUUCUAUUGUUUGCUGAAGAAUCUGCCUUUGUUUAAAUGCUGAUGCAUAAUUAGUGGCUUUAUUCAUGCACAAGUCAAUGAAAUCAGCAUGCAGGAGACUGAUCACUGUAGAACACAUUUUUCAGUAUGAGUUUCAUGAUGAUGUGCAUUAUUUGCGUCUUGGUGUUUUUGUUUUCAGAUUAUACUUCAAUGUUUCUGUUAGGUAGAAUUGAUGAAGAUACUCUUGAAAUUGUUCCUUGUGUACAAUACAAAACAGACUGAGCAAAGUGAUACAAUCUGUCCCCCAGUUCCUUUGUACUCCCAGUCGUACCAGUGUCAUACAGUAUGUAGCUGAUGGCGCUCAUUCUGUGAAGUGUUUCUUGAUUACGUCAUUAAAAUUGUUCUUGAAAAUU